AUGGCGUCGUUCUCUGAGGCACCCCCGGGGAACCCAACUGCCGGCGAGAAGAUCUUCAAGACCAAGUGCGCGCAGUGCCACACCGUCGACAAGGGUGCUGGCCACAAGCAAGGUCCUAAUUUGAGUGGUCUGUUUGGGAGGCAGUCUGGUACAACACCUGGUUACUCUUACUCCUCGGCUAACAAGAACAUGGCUGUGAUUUGGGAGGAGAACACUUUGUAUGACUACCUGCUUAAUCCUAAGAAGUACAUUCCUGGAACUAAGAUGGUAUUCCCUGGACUGAAAAAGCCGCAGGAACGUGCUGAUCUCAUUGCAUACCUGAAGAAUGCCACUGCUUGA